GUGGUACCUACCRCAAUAUCGCGAACGGCCAAAACACGGUGACCGACGACCUUGCUGCGCUUUGUUUAUAAAUAAAUCUGCUACCAGUCGUGGCCUGUCGAGGUACGACGCGCCACUCACUCUCGGUGGCCCGCGGACUGUCUUUGUGCGCAAUAUUGCGCAAAGUCGUUAGUUUCAUUGGUAUUACGGCGACGACGGUGGCGCGGCUCAGCGUCGUCGGAUUGACGAUCGCGGAAUGGUGAAAUGAUUGCCAUUCGUGUUUAGUUGGGAGUGUUGGAGCGAGCGACCGUCGAAGGCCGAUACCCACAGUCGAUAUGGAUUCGUUUUUGGACCUUUUCGACCCGGGCACCAGUCCCCCGACCAAUUGCGAUGUAUGGCCAGAAGACAACGACGACGACGACGACACCCGUCUGCCACCCGAACCGCAAAUGGGCAACGUCGAGUACAAGCUCAAGCUGACCAGUCCGUCGAAAUUGCGCUUCGAACAUCUAGUCACCCAGCUGAAAUGGAGGCUCAGAGAGGGACACGGCGAAGCCAUAUACGAGAUUGGUGUCGAGGAUACAGGGAGACUCACCGGAUUGUCUUCUGAUGACAUGAAGUCCAGUCUGAUCACUCUGGAUCAAAUGGCCCACAAACUCGGCGCCACCACAUCAGUGUUACGAGAAAGAUCUGUUAGAAAAGACAAAAUAGUUGCGGAAGUUUUAGUUCGAAAGGUUCCCGAUGACCAAGAAUGUAUUGAAGUAAUGGUUGCUGUAUUGGGAGGCGCAGAUGCUGGCAAGUCUACUCUUCUUGGGGUCUUAGCACAUGGUGAAUUUGAUAACGGCCGUGGUAGUGCGCGGUUAAAUGUUUUAAGACAUUUACAUGAACUUAGAUCUGGACGAACUUCUUCCAUAUCUCAUGAAAUUCUCGGUUUUGAUGCUGAGGGCGAUGUUAUUAACUACCAAAAGGCACGUACAGCUGAAGAGAUUAGAGAUCGUUCAUCUAAGUUGAUCACAUUCCUUGAUCUCGCUGGACAUAAAAAAUAUCUUAAAACUACUGUAGCUGGUUUGAGUGGUUACUGUCCAAAUCAUGUUAUGUUAGUUGUAAGCAGUCCUGCUGUAAAUGUUUCUAGUCCUACUCAAUUAGACAUGACCAAAGAGCAUAUGGAUUUAGCACUUGCUCUUAGGCUCCCGUUUUGCAUUGUUGUUACGAAGACUGACAUUACUCCUGCAGAUAAUACAAUCAAUUGGUUGGAGUCUGUAUUGAAAUCAAUUGGGCGUCGAAAAGUUCCUCUUGUUAUUAAAUCUGACGAUGAUGUCAUUACUGCAAGUUCAGCACAGCCAACGCAAAAUGUUGUGCCUAUAUUCACCAUAUCCAGUGUUACUGGUGAAAAUUUAGAUUUACUCACUAGGUUUUUAUAUGUUUUACCACCGAGUUUAAGUAUAAAAGAAAAAGAGAGAUUGGAACAGGAAUGUUGUCAAUUCCAAAUAGAUGAGAUUUUUAAAGUUCCAGAAAUUGGUACAAUUGUUGGUGGUGUACUUACGCAAGGUGUUGUCAAUAUAGCCUCAGAACUAGUCAUAGGUCCUCUUGAUAAUGGAACAUUUGUUCCAGUUACUGUACAGUCUAUACACAGAAAUAAAGCUCCAUGUCGUGUAGUAAAAGCAACGCAGAGUGCUUCAUUAAGCUUAGAAAAAGUUAUUCCAGGCUUGAGGAAUGGCAUGGUGCUUUUGGGAUUAGGCGUGAACCAUAGUGCCUGUAUAUUCUUUCAGGCUAGAAUUGUGGUGCUUUAUCAUGCGACUUCCAUACACAAUGGAUUUCAAACUACUGUACACAUUGGGAAUAUACGACAAACUGCUGCUAUUGUUGCUAUCAUGGAGUGUGAUAAACGGGGCAUGCACACUAAUGAUUCUGCAUCAGUGAUAUUUAAGUUUGCGCGUCAUCCAGAAUAUGUAACAGAAGGCAUGAGGUUAUUAUUCAGAGAAGGUCAGACUAAAGGAAUUGGGAUUGUUACACAGGUGUUUGAUUUACAAGUAGUGGCAGGAUGAAUAUUAUGUUUGUACAGUACUGACAUUUGAUAUUUACACAGAGGGAUAUACUAAUAUAAAGUACUUAUGGACUAAAAUUUGAUAAUAUAAAUUUUUUGUAAUGUUGUGUUGUAUAUUAUAUA